AUGGACACCUUUUAUAACCGACUAGCUGCCGAAGUCGAGGAUGAGUCAGAUGAGACACAGGUGGACAUUCAAUCCUUAACACCAAAAUCGAAGAACACCUACAAGACUCCAGAACUGGCCGGCGACAUCGAUGACUUGCUGGAGGAAUUAGAUUUCACGCCCAAACCAAAAGAAAACAAGAAGGCUAGCGAGAAUCUUGACUUUGAUAGCCUGGUUAUGACGGAACAAAAGAAAGCAGUCGACCCGCUAAGCUUAAAAGAAAAUCAGAAUUCAAGCAGUUCCUUUAGCGAUGCUUCAAGCAAGCCGGCCAAGAGCAGACGCAACAUUCUCGAUUCUCUCCUUUCUCUUGAUGACGCAAUGGACGUUGUCGGGGAUGACUCUGGUGAAAAAAAAACCAGUUUGCAAGAAACUACUUCUCACGAACCGCUCUCGAUAAAGGAUGUUGCCGACGUUAAAGGUGGAUCAAAGCGCUCUGUGCGCUUCCUGGAAGAAUUAGACGAACUUAAUGCAAGUUUCUUUCUUUUGAAGAAUUUUCCUUUUGCAUACUUGCUCCUCGAAUGCAGAAUGCCUCUUAAGCUCAUGCCAUUAGUACUGUUGAAACCUAGGUCUGACAAGGUUUCUGGCGAACUGGUGUAG